AUGCGGAUUUUGUCCUUCCGCUUAUUCUUCAAGACAGACAAGACUUGGCUGAACAAUAUCUUGAUCAAAAUCCACACAUGCAAAGGAAUACUUGUUAAAUUUUUGGAUGGUUUAUUAAAUAAAAAUUCUACAGUACGAACUUGCAUAGAGCCUUUUAUUAGAGAGCAUUCCAUUCCUGAAGUUAAAUAUGACAAGCUUCACCCAAAGCCUUUGAGUAAACUUAUUGCAAGAUUAUGUUCAAAAUAUUCUAUAGGACCAGAUGUUUGUCAGAAUUUGAUUAAAAGAAAUGAAGGAGCAUUGAAUUUUAUAGCUCAUAAAAGAUAUGUCGAAGAAUCUCUAAAUGAAGCUUCAUGGAAUGAAAUGAUGCAAGAAGCUGUUGGGCAAAAUGAAGAAAUGCAAAGAGAAUUGAUUAAUUUAAUGGUUAGGCAUGGGGAUGUGGCCGGAGCUCUCAAAUGGGCUCAGCAUUAUGCAGUCCCUUUCGAAUAUUGGCCUUACGCUUUGAAAGAAUUCAGCUCACCAACAUUUUGUGAACCUGAGGAUGAUAACUGGGAUCCUGACCCAAUUGAUAAAUUUACAAAUUCAAAUGAAGUAAAUAACAUAAAAUUCCAUUGUCUAAAUAUACCUAUGGAUAAUAUUGUUCUUGUGGAUACAGAAUACCUUUUUGAGGACAUGCUACGGCAUGGGUUUGAGAAUGUGACUCGAGUUGGUUUAGAUUCAGAGUGGAAGCCAUAUUUUGGAACUAAGCCAUCAGAUGUUGCUUUGAUUCAACUCUCUACAGGAAAGAAUAUUUAUUUAUUAGAUGUUGUUGAGUUGGGUCAUGCACAUCAUUUGUGGAAGCAAUUAUCAAUACAAUUAUUCGAGAAUCAUGAGAUUUUAAAACUAGGAUAUGGUCUACGACUGGAUUUAGAAAAAAUUCAAUCAACUCUAAAAUUGCGAAAUUCUAUAUUUUGUGGUGGUGUUGGUUGGUUAGAUUUGCAGGACCUCACAAAAGCUCUUGGGAGAAAUUCCUAUUUUAAAUAUCCAUAUUCAGGUGAGCCAGGUUGUGGUGAUGGACUUUCAGCACUGGUUCAAUUAUGUUUAGGUGCAAAUCUUGAUAAAACAAAUCAAUUUUCAAAUUGGGAACUUCGACCACUCAGGAAGGAACAAAUUUUAUAUGCAGCUUUGGAUGCACAUUGUUUGUUGGAAGUUCAUGAUGUCAUUGUAGAUGUUUGCAAUAAUUGCAAUAUAAAUUUAAUUGAAAUGUAUGAUAGAAUAACACAAAAUGUUCGAUCUCCCAAGAAACGUAAUAAGAAGAAAAAUGAUAAAAAGCAGCCAACAACCAUAAUAGAACAAGUUCCUAGUCCUUUUGCUAAUUUGCCAACACGUGGAGUAGAUGCUAUAAAGGUUGUCUGUGAUAGUAUGUUGGAGGGCUUGGCGAGAUGUUUACGGAAGUGUGGUGUUGAUGCUAUAUCAAUUGAUAAUAGUAAAGACCAUGACAUAUGUAUCAAUAUUGCUCAACAACAGCAACGAAUUAUAUUAACAAGAGGCACAGCAUUCAAUAGGUUGCAUCAAUUUGUCCCUCUCGGGUACUGCUAUAGAGUGAAAUCUGAUCCGGUUGAUGAACAAUUAAAAGAAGUAUUACAUUAUUACAACAUUGAAGUUACUGAAAACAAUAUUUUCAGCAGAUGUCAGAUAUGCAACAACAAUGAAUUCUCAAGUUUUUCCCGCAGUGAGAUGCUUAGUUUAGCGAAUAUUAACAAUGCACUUGGUAAUUCUUUUUGUGGAACUUUAGAACAACUACCCGUAAAUAGCAGAUCCUGGCAAUUAGUUCGAGGCAAUGCUUUAAAUCGAUUUACGAAAAGUGGUGCUUUAAUCCAAGCCAACCUGAUACCAUUAACAGUUCUCAAUAAUGUUUCAGUAUUUUAUGUUUGCGAAGGUUGUGGAAAGUGCUAUUGGGACGGAACCCACUUCGGCAGAGUAAUUGCAGGUAGACUCAAAAACAUUGUUAAAAAUUAAUACUGAUGGUACAAACAAUUUAAGGUGUAAAUUGACAUUUUAUUUGUUAUUGAUUUGUUUGUUAAUAAU